AACAUACCUUGAAAUCUCAGAUCGUUUCUCAUCAGAUUCAGAUCCCACAUCACUCGCUAUUCUCCUCAUCGCGAUGGCGUCAGCCCUAUUUUCCGGCCUCAGAUACUCCGACAGCCUCACCGUCGUCGGAAUUUCCUUCUGCACCGCCGUCGUCUGCGAGGCCAUCUCAUGGCUACUCAUCUACCGCACCGCUUCCUACAAAUCCCUCAAAUCCACCAUCGACAAAGCCUCCAAAAAGCUCGAGACCAUGAAGACGACGGACGUCAACUCCGCCUCCGCGAACCUCCUCAAAAAGACUUCUAAAACCAAGAAAAUCGACCGCGUCGAGACCUCUCUGAAGGAAUCCAGCCGCGAUCUGUCCAUGUUCAAGUUCAAAUCGGGCGGCGUCGUUGCCCUAGUUUUGUUCAUGGUCUUCGGAUUGCUAAAUAGUUUGUUUGAGGGCAAACCGGUCGCCAAAAUUCCGUUUGUUCCGAUCAAAUUAGUGCAGAAGAUGAGCCACAGGGGAUUGGCGGGUGAUGAUAUGACGGAUUGUUCCAUGGCGUUUUUGUACUUGCUGUGUUCGAUCAGCAUUAGGACCAAUUUGCAGAAGUUUUUGGGAUUCUCGCCACCGCGUGGAGCUGCUGGCGCCGGCUUGUUCCCAAUGCCAGAUCCCAAGUCCAGCUGAGGAAUGAGAAUUUGAUCCAGGUCUUUUUGCUGCUUUAUUUUUGGUUGAUUCUUCCUUCUCAUUAAAUGAGAUUGUAGACGGCACUAUUUUAUUUAUAUUUAGCUCUCUUAACUAUUCGAAUACUGAAUAAGAGCUGUAAUUUGAAUCUUUGACGUUUCUUUCUUUCGUCUUUUUAAAGAUAUCCACUUUAGUUACUACUA